AUCUUUUGUCAAUUUGGUGCUUUAAGAGUUCAUCAUUCCCUGAACCCAACCUCAGACGAGUCCAACCAAGUAUUGUCGUUGUGUCGCCGAGCAAUGUAGGGGCCGUUGACCUCAGAAUGUCCUUGAUCGUUGCGACGACGAGCUGUCUCAAUCACGAUCGCUCAGAAUUGUUGUUCCUGCAUGACAAGUCGAAACCCACACUGACACCCACACCUGCGUACAUGCAGGUACUUCCACCCUUAUUUCCAACCUGUUCGACCUCGGCCUACGCAUCCACAGCCAACAAGGCCGUCACCACCAUCCUCUAUAUUUUUGGCAUUGAACCGGCGAGACGUUUGGUGCAAAAAAGCCUGGGACUUGUACUACUCUUAUUCUUAUUACUGUCGUUGCCGUUGGCAUUGCCACUAGCAAGCGCUUGUCCAUCGCUCCUGCACCGGCAUCUGCAACAACUGCAACAACUGCAGACACUGCAGGCACUACAGGCACUGCAGGCACUACAGGCACUGUGGUCGCUCCUGCUACUUUUCCUGCGCCGGUACCUGCACCUGCACUCGCUCCUGCCGCAAGUAAUUUCCCUCUCCUUUCUCGCACAUCCACUCACUUCGAUUCUCUUCUUCAACCUCCACCAGCAACGGAUUUCACAACCUCUUCACCAACCACUUUAUCACCGAGGGCGCUUGAAAAGCAGCCAACGAGGCAUGCAGACAUAACUCACUCGACUUUGACCGCCACUCCCGAGCCCUACUCCGCCGGUCCACCCGUUGAUCGACCACCUUUCUCUUCCUCUUCUCCCGUGCAAGGACCCUCUUAUCAACCUCCUGUCACCCUCCGCGACCCACCUCUUUCGACACUGGCGCAUCCUCCUCCGCCCGGUCAGAGGAGGUCUUUUCUCGAAGCUCUGCUGGUUCGACAGAAAAAGGUCAUUGCUCCUGACAAUCGCUCGGCUGCUUCCAGGGUGCUCAACCCCAUCAACUACGUCCCACGCCCCACCCCUGUUCGUGUUCAGUCUCAUCAACACCAGCGACAGGUCUCUUCCACUGAUGCUGUCACCGGUGAGGUGCGCAACCUGUUGAACCUACCUGAACAACGUCGAUCGCGACAACAUUCUCCCACCGACUACACCGUCGAACACACCACACACGCCACUCCUCCUCAAGCUGGCGAUCGCACCAGCAUUGCUUUACCUACAAACCAACAACGCACCCAACUCACACGUUCCCUGUCCACACACGCAGGCCUGAUGAAUGAUCCAGAAAAAAAUGUCCCUGGUGUACAGGAGCCCGACCGUGCCCACCUCCCUCCCGGCCACACUGCUCGCGGGCGUGAUGUAGAAGCCCAGCAAGCCUCUUCAGUCCUGGGGCAAAGCUAUGGCGUAAGUCCGUUGGAUCAACCACUGCAGCCACCGAGACGCAUCACAUCCCACCGCUCUCUCAAUCGCGCUCAGUCUGGCAUGUCAUUACGAUCGUCAGCUUACGCAAAGACGAAUACUGACGGCGGUCUUGCGCCCCCAGGCUCACACGACGGCGAGCAGAGACCGUACACGGGCGAGGAAGACGAUGAGAGUAUUGGUGACGAGCUUGCUUGGGGUCCGUCUCACCCCUGCUUUCCACACCUCAAUCCUCACGUGCCUCUUGACUCCCCCGAAUAUACAGCGACCCGCAUCAUUCGCAUCCGUCGGGACUGGAUGGUGGCCGGCGACCUCGCCCCGACAUUUUCCAACAUUUACCCCGAAAUUCUCGACCCUUUGAUGCAAGAACAAGAGUUUCGCUAUGUCAUUGAACAUAUAAAUCACACACUGUGCACCGCCUACGACCCCUUCUCGACGUGGAACUGGCUCGAUGGUUUACUAGGACUUGCGACUGGUUGGUUUUGGGAGGACAUUCGUCCAUUUGGGGCAAAGGGGCGUUUGAGAGCCCUCGAAGAAUGGUUUGAGGACUGGAACCACACCGUCGGGGCUCGCAAUGGGGUCAAACUCAUCCCUUUAAGAAGAACUGGCUAUCUGAAUUUGGAUGUUCAGAUUCCCGAUCCCCAAGUCACCAUGGUUGCCGAAAGAGAUGACGACAACCAACCUCCGCAAGAGGUAAUUUCGGGGCAAGGAAACGCGCAGGACACGUGAAGUUUUGCAUGAACCUGGAAAUAAUGCAUUGGACGGUGUCCGCCGGAUAUUUGUCACGACUGUAUAAUGUGUGUGCGUACUAAUCAGUUGUCACUCUCGAUUGUUAAGAUGUGUUGCAUGAGCGUUGAAGCCUGGCGUCUGUCACUUGCUCGUUGGAAAUCUCAAGGCCUUUGAGCUGGAAGAGCUGAUGGUCUGGAAGCUCGGAUUAUUCCGGGUGUCAGACCAAGCCCCUAUUCAAUAUUUAUACUAUAUUUCAUCCUGUAUCAAGAUCCCAUAGGUUGGACGACAUGUUUAUUUGGAUCUCAAAAAGUGGUUAGCAAGCCUUGGAUAGAGACAGACGCAGCCGCAUAGUCUUUGGCUGCCACGCUGCAAAGCCUUUUG